AUGUACCAAGCAAAAUCGCUGUCGUCAAGCGUCAGUGGGAUUGUUACCGGAGCCGCGCUUACAAUUCACAGGCCACAGUCAUCAGCGUGGUAUAGAUGGUUUGAAGUGGUUGAGCGCGCUUUUUUGUCACCAACAUCGAAGGAGGUCUUAUCAAAUUUGACUACUCGGAAUGACAAGGGCCCUGCAUCAUCAAUCGCACAAGAACUGCCGCAGAAUGACACUGUUGCCAUCCCAGGCAAGGAAACUUCCUCUAAUGCACUUCCUGGAUGUCGUCGAAUACAAUACAUGGAGCAGUCUGGACUGUAUGCUCGGUCUCAAUGUCAUAGGGCCUUCAGUGGCUCAAGUGAUGCAACAAAUCAUCUUGAGACGCGAUCAGAUUCCCUCAACAAGUCUCAUUGUUUGAUGCUCGAUCCACGAUACCAAAUUCUGACUCAAGCACCAGAUUUCAUCCAGUCACUGUUUGUUUCUUCUGAUCCAGUCACCGUACCUAUGAUGUUUCGCCCUCCAAAUGAUGUAAGUAGACUUCAGGCGAGCCAGCAGACCCAACCUAGCGAACUCAACACCUCACAGAAGAUCAAUGGUGCAUCCACAGGAUCGAAUACCAAAAGCUAUCCUGCCAAUGUCGCGUCUGGGAACGGCUUGGUGGAAAACCUUUCAACUCAGCAAUAG